AUGUCGGUCCGAGUUUCAUCCCUGAGCGUUCUUCCUCCUGUUCGCAGGGACCGGAUCAUCGUUCAGCUUCCUAAGUAUUUCAGGAAAGAAGCCGCUGUCCACACUAAAGAUGAAUUCAACAAUAAAGUGAAGACGGCCUGCCAGGAGCAGCGCACCGGCACCGUGGGAUUUAAAAUCUCUAAGGUCAUUGUCGUGGGCGACCUGGCUGUGGGGAAAACCUGUCUGAUUAAUAGAUUUUGCAAAGAUGCGUUCGAUAAGAACUACAAGGCCACGAUCGGAGUAGACUUUGAGAUGGAGCGGUUCGAGGUGCUGGGCGUUCCUUUCAGCCUGCAGCUGUGGGACACUGCAGGCCAAGAGAGGUUCAAGUGCAUUGCUUCCACUUACUACAGAGGAGCCCAAAUUGUGAUCAUCGCGUUUGAUGUGACCGAUGUCGCCUCUUUGGGUCACGUCAGGCAGUGGCUGGAAGACGCCUUGAGAGAGAACGACCCCACGGCCGUCCAGCUGUUCCUGGUCGGCACAAAGAAAGACCUCAGCUCUCCUGCGCAGUAUUCUCAGAUCGAACGAGACGCUCUCGACCUGGCACAAGAGAUCAGUGCAGAGUACUGGGCUGUUUCAUCACUCACAGGGGAAAACGUGAAUGAGUUUUUCUUCCGAGUUGCAUCGUUGGCCUUCGAGAACAACGUUCUGGCCGAGUUGGAGAAAAGUGGAACAAGACAAAUUGGAGAAGUCGUCAGAAUCAGCAGUACGUCAAACAGUCUGAACGCCACAUCGAAGAAGAAAGGGCCCAACUGCUGUCAGUGAGGAAGGGAGCAGGAGUUUCAAAGUCAGCCUGAAAAAGACUGUGGCUGCUCUCCAGCUCAUAGGAGGGGUUUCUGUGGUGAAAGGAGGAGGGAUGCUGGAGUUUCACUUCCUGACAAGGUGGACUUUUUCCUGGACUGCCACGACUUUUCCUCGGCAGGAUGUGGAUUCUUGUGGAGUUACAGAGCGACACAUAAAUUACUGGUUCUGCUGAGAUGCCAAAGAAUGACUGUGGUUGAUUUUAACAUGUGGAUGCUUAAGUUACAUAGUGCUUGUAUUAAAUAUAUCCUUUUGCUGCUGUACUUUCAGAAUAAUAGUGUUGUUUAGCUUAGAAAUAUUUUUUAAUGAAAUCGGUACUUUGCCUCUUUUAUGAAAUUGUAAAUUAGAGCUUCAAUUCAAGACAACAAUAAUGAUUUGGGAAAAGUGGAAUAACUAAACUUUUACUAACAGUUUUUUUUUCUGCUUAUCAUCUCUCGACCCUGCAGAUUAACUGUAGAUGUAGCUUGAGAACCAUUGCUGUAAUGCAGAUGCAGCCUGGAAGGUUUUAUUUAAGUACUUUUAGCUUUUUGUUGUCAAUGAAAUCAAUGACUGAAU